AACACAUAACUGCAUGUAGGGUCCAUGGUAAUCCUGAGUAAAGACAUGAAACGAGAAGAGUGAGUACCUGUAUAACACAUAUAACUGCAUGUAGGGUCCAUGGUAAUCCUGAGUAAAGACAUGAAACGAGAAGAGUGAGUACCUGUAUAACACAUAUAACUUCAUGUAGGGUCCAUGGUAAUCCUGAGUAAAGACAUGAAACGAGAAGAGUGAGUACCUGUAUAACACAUAUAACUGCAUGUAGGGUCCAUGGUAAUCCUGAGUAAAGACAUGAAACGAGAAGAGUGAGUACCUGUAUAACACAUAUAACUGCAUGUAGGGUCCAUGGUAAUCCUGAGUAAAGACAUGAAACGAGAAGAGUGAGUACCUGUAUAACACAUAUAACUGCAUGUAGGGUCCAUGGUAAUCCUGAGUAAAGACAUGAAACGAGAAGAGUGAGUACCUGUAUAACACAUAUAACUGCAUGUAGGGUCCAUGGUAAUCCUGAGUAAAGACAUGAAACGAGAAGAGUGAGUACCUGUAUAACACAUAUAACUGCAUGUAGGGUCCAUGGUAAUCCUGAGUAAAGACAUGAAACGAGAAGAUUGGUAUUUUGGAAAGUGUGCCCGUAAAGAUGCAGAGAAGAAAUUGAUGGCGAUUGGUUUAUCUAAAGGACAGUUCAUAGUCCGAGAUGGAGAAGCGAAUCCUGGUACAUACUCGUUGUCUGUGAGAGAUCAUGAUGUCCAGAAAGGAGAGCAUGUGAAACAUUACAGGAUACGCAAGAUGGAUGGAGGACAGGGGUUCUUCAUCACUCAAAGAAGUGUCUUUCCAACGCUUGCAGAGUUGGUUCGUCACUACCAGAUGAACGUUGAUGGCCUGUGCUGUAUCUUGACCAAAGCUUGCCCCAAGGAGAAUCCAAACACCAUCGGUCUUGGUAAGGACCGAUGGGAGAUCCCUAGGGAUUCCCUUAAGAUGACCAGAAGACUCGGACACGGUCAGUUUGGUGAAGUCUGGCAAGGAGUAUGGAAUGGUAAUACACCUGUCGCUGUCAAGACACUGAAGGAGGGAACCAUGUCACCAACAGCCUUCCUGGCUGAAGCCAAUGUCAUGAAGAAAGUCAGACAUGAACGCCUCGUGCAGCUGUAUGCCGUGUGUUCAGACAGGGAACCAAUUUACAUUGUGACAGAGUUGAUGUCAAAUGGAAGUUUACUGGACUAUCUCAAGGAUGGUAAAGGCAAAGAUACCAAGCUCACAACUCAUGUUGAUAUGGGGGCACAGAUCGCAAGCGGUAUGGCUUACCUGGAAUCAAUGAACUUUGUUCAUCGAGAUCUCGCUGCAAGGAACGUCUUGGUGGGUGAUGGCAAUAUCGUGAAGGUCGCUGACUUUGGCCUUGCUAGACUGAUUGAAGAAGAUGAGUACAUGGCAAGAGUUGGUGCCAAGUUCCCAAUCAAAUGGACGGCUCCAGAGGCUGCUCUUCAUGGCCGAUUCACAAUCAAAUCAGAUGUAUGGUCAUUUGGUGUCCUUUUAACGGAGAUCGUCACCUUCGGUCGCAUACCAUAUCCAGGGAUGACGAAUCGUGAGGUUCUCGACCAAGUGGAUCUUGGAUAUCGGAUGCCCAAGAUGCACCAUUGCCCCGACUCACUCUACGAGAUCAUGUUGAAAUGCUGGCACAAAGAUCCCCAGCAGAGACCAACCUUCGAGUUCCUACACUUCUGCUUGGAUGACUACUUCGUCUCGACCGAGCCCAACUACAAGGAAGCCGAUUAGCUGGCUAGGAUAAAAUGAACAGUAUACUUGGAGAUCUAUCAUACAGCUCUAUCGUUGAUAAUAAAAUAUAUUUUGUGGAGGUGCCUGAAUGUGCGUCGUUUCAUGGGAAGAGCUACGAGUAUGGAUGUUCGGAUUUACUAAAACGGGACAUCCCGCCAGAACUUGGGGACCCGACUCUGUUUCUCGGGUUUCAAAUGAAAUCCUCUUCCUUCAAAGACAUCUGGAUGAAUAUCGUCCAGGAACGAGGGAGCGUUACUCCUCCUUACAGGUUCUGAUUAAAGUUGUUUUCCUUUGAAGACAUGAAACCUCCAGAAACUAAGAUGGAACUGUGACUUUGUCUCUGGUGCAUCGUUUCCCCGUUUGAUAAAAAUCAUGUUCUCUGUAAAACAAUUGGGAUUCAAUCCUUCAGGUCACUGCAACGACACUCACUCUUUGGUAGAAGUACUUCACUUCUCAAUUUGAUAAUCUUUCUUUAAUGAAAGAUGACAUCAUCAUAAAUUACAAUAUCGAUCACUAUUAUACAGGGGUAAUAUCAUGAAGAUUUUUGUCAGUGACUGUCAUUGAUUUUCACCGACUACUGGACCAAUCAGAGGCAAGGAUUUUCAGUAGCUUGUAAAAUCUGUCUCGGAAAAAUCACUGACAAAACUGUUCAUGAAACACUCCACAAGACAUGAUGAUGUCAUGAGGGAAUUUCAUUUCAAAAAGCUAUUUCUGAAAAAGAGGUCUAAAUCCCAAUUAUUUCUGACAUCCAGUCUUACAAAUAAUGUGCUACAAAACAAAGAUUUUCUUUUCUUAACAUGUGGUGUUAAUUGGAAUGCAUCAUGCCUUUAAUAAAUACAGGUUGUUAUCAUUCUGUGACAUUUUUGUGUUUGAUAUUCUGUUAUCAUUUGAAUAUUCCAAGGGGGAUCAUUCCAAUAAUGAUUUUGUAAAUUAUGGUCACUUGAUUUUAAACCAAUGUGUAUGUAUAUAAAAAUUAAUGUAAAAAGUGCAAAAUAUAUUAGUCCUAAUUAGGAAGCUUAUGUGAUUAGUUUAAAUAUGCCAUCUCUGUUGUCUUUGCCAAACAGAUUUUUAAUGAGAAUUUUUUUUUCUUUUGUAAUCUAUCAUUGAAUCUCAUGGUGCAGGAUUUCAUACGUUUGGUUUGAGUAUUUGGGAGGAAAACUUAUAUUUCAUUCUCAUCUCUCAUCAAUAGAAAAAUAAAAACAUGUGGGAUUGAUGGUAUUGAAUUGAAGUCAGUAGCAACCAUUUGCAAAACAAUGCCUAUCAUUGGUGUAUAGCUACAAUCCUGUCUUAUGUAUACUUUGCAAACAUAGCAAAGUGGUAUGUGGAUUUUUAAUUAAAAUUAGUUACAGAAUUCCUCUAUACAUCAUGCACAACCCGGUGAUCUUUGAUAUAAUUUCUUGCUGAUUUUAAUUCUGUUUUUAAUCAUUGAUUUUAUUAAUUGUUUGUAAUUAUUGCUACUAAUCAUUCCUUUCAGUAAUUGAUCCCAAGCCACUAUACCAACCCUGCCCCCCACAAAAAAAAAAAUCUGUGUAAACAAAUUAAAAUUAGUUUCAGAAUUCAUCUAUUCAUCAGGCAUGUGCAAACCAGUGAUAUUAUAAUUCCACCCUGAUUUAAAUUCUGUUUUUAAUCAUUGAUUUUAUGAAUUGUUUGUAAUUAUUGCUAUUAAUCAUUCCUUUCAGUAAUUGAUCCCAAGCCACUAUACCAACCCUGCCCCCUCCCCCAAAAAAAAAUCUGUGUAAACACACCCUCAUCAUGUGUGUGGGUCAUUCAGAUCAGAUCAGAACACUGGCUCUAACGUACUAUUUUAUUUAUCAUUUGAUAGUAGAACAUAUUUUUAUACUUGUCUCAUGUUUUUAGGGACAUUUUCAAUACAUUCCUUUUCUAUAUGCUUUGGGUGUUGAGAAACAAAAGGAUUUAUUUCAGAAUCAUUGAUUUUUAGAAACGUAAUUUAAUCAUUUUCUACCAAGCAAAACUGCAUGUACAGUAUAUACAGUUCACCUCAUAUAUUUGCUAACAGUAGCAUUACUAGGAGACACGUGCUAUUUGAAUUGAGAUUUUCUUGGAAGAAAAAUAUAAGACAACACUUUUCACAAAUUCAUGGAUUUUUAGUUACGAUCUCCUAUUUCUCGACAUUUGAUUUGAUCAACAUAUUAAGAGUACUUUUUCACUUCACUAUGUAUAGAUUCAUUGCAUAAAACAGUAACUGCAUUUUCUACAUUUUAGUAUGUUUUUAAUUCAAUCAUGUGGGAAAUAUAUAUAUAUUGGGUAUCUUGAAUGUACAUUUCACAUUUCAAUAACUUCGUACACAUAGGUGAAUGCUUUAUUGCUUUAUCAAAUAUCAUGAAAAUUGGUAAUUAUUUACUUGCUUUGAAGGCUUGCAUGGAAGUAAGAAAGGGUGAAGAGGUUUGUAUUUACAAAAAGCCUACAUGUAGAAAUGGUAGUCCUGAAAAAGACUAUUUUGUUCCCUUUUGGUAAAGGUUCUGAAAAGGAUGGUCUUUCGUGACGAAGCACAGGGCAUGCUGUACCAAAUGUGGAGACCUAUUUAAGUUCUUUUCAGAACUUUUACUGAAAGAGAAUGAAAUAGUCUUUUUCCAGACUACCUUACAUGUACUACAUGGUUUACUUGCAAAUCCUUUAACCCAAAUUGGUAAUUUGAUG